CGCCGCCGCCGCCGCCGCCGCUCCCCGCCGCCGCUCGCGGCGCCGCGUAGAGGAUUUUGUGAAACUUUGUAACCAACUUUGCAUAUUCAUGAGAAAACGAUCUUGGUUCUGAAAUGUGCAAUUUAUGAUAGUGUUGAGAAUAACAAAGGCUGAUUUGUAUCGAUGAAUGAGUAUAGGUGAAAAAUGUCAACUGCUAGGGAAAGAGCUCCUAAAGAGAAUGUUGCUCCUGUCAUGUCGCUAACUUCCAAAGGGAGUGAUAUUGGCUCCAAUACUUUGGUUUUAGAAGAUAGCAAGAAGUUGAAUGAAUCGAUUAAAGAUGCAAAUGCCACAAAAGACCCUAAAAAGGAUGAAAUUGUGGCAGAUGGAGCAGUUAAAGAAGACACUACUGUUGCUGAUGAAUCGCUAAAUAAUAUCACUCUCUUGGAUGCCUCGUUACCUGAAAAUUUACAAUCAGACCCUAAAGUUGGUAUGUAUUUCCAUUCAGAAGAGCAAGCAUACAAUUUCUACAACUCCUAUGCUAAGAGAAGGGGUUUCAGUGUUCGAAAAGGCCAUCUUUCUCGGAGGAAAGAUAAUAGCAUACGUGAUCGACAUUAUGUAUGUAGCAAUGAAGGCUCGCGCCAGGAGCACCGUACACAUGUUACUAAAAAACCCCGCCCACUUGAGAGAACAAACUGUUUAGCUCGAAUUGAGUUCAAAGUGAACCGAGAUAAUUUAUGGGUCAUCAACAAAUUUUUUGAUGAACAUAAUCACCCCCUUGCGAGCCCUAAUAAGAUUCACAUGCUAAGAUCUCAUAAAAGGAAAUUACCGGUUCAACGGGCUAUCUUUACAGAAUCGGACUACUAUUAUGGAGUGAAGCCCACUGCAGUUCAGGAAUCUAAUUUAGAGGAGUCUCGUGGUAUAGUAGAUGUUGGGGUUGUAUUUAAGAACCAAAGCCAUUGUUUGAGCUCGAAAAGAUUAAGGGAUCUCGAGAAAGGAGAUGCUCAAUUCCUUUUAGAUUUUCUCAAAGCUAAGCAGUGUGAGGAUCCUUCCUUCUUUUAUGCCGUCCAGUUGGACGAAACAGAACGUCUUACUAACUGCUUUUGGGCGGACGCACGAUCUAUAAUUGAUUAUUCCUACUUUGGUGAUGUGGUUUUAUUUGAGACGACCUACCGGUCUAGCAGUUUUGACUUACCUUUUGCACCAUUUAUCGGCAUAAACCAUCAUAAACAGAUUGUUAUAUUUGGUGCUGCGUUACUCCUUGAUGAAACCGUUGAAUCAUUCGUGUGGUUAUUUAAAACUUUUUUGGCUGCCAUGUCUGGAAAGCAACCGAAAACCAUUUUGACGGACCAGUCUGCCGCAAUAACAAAGGCAAGUACUAUGACAUUUUCGAGCUCGGAUCAUCAAUUUUGUUUAUGGCAUAUACUUUAUAAUGCGUCGAAACGUGUGCAUAGUUUAUUUAUGCGAGAGCCCACAUUUCAAAAGGAGUUUGAGAAUUGUAUAUUUGGAGGGUGUUCUGAAGAUGGUUUCCGAAAAGAAUGGGAUAGCCUUGUGAAUAAGCAUGGUCUUUCCACUAGUUCAUGGUUAAACGACUUGUACGCUGCUCGAGAUAAGUGGGCUUUACAUUAUCGUCAAAACUCAUUUUGUGGUACGAUGACUACGAAAAAAUGGACGGAAUAUAUGGACAAUCUCUUUAAAAUACAUUUCUAUAGAAAAUUACCUCUUACCAAAUUCAUGGUCCAGUACUUCAAAUCAUUAGCUCAACUUCGCGAGAAGGAACUGCACGAAGAUUAUGAAUCGAGGCAAAGUAAACCAGUUCUGCUGGUCGAGAUACCUAUGCUAUCAGAAGCAGCAGAGUCGUAUACAAGAGCAAUUUACUCGGAUUUCGAAUUUGAAUACAAGAGUCAGCUUGCUUGCCUUUGUGAACCGGUUGCAGUCGAUGGAUCGGUAUACACUUUUAGGGUUUCUGUUCCCCAAAAACAGAUUAAUGGGAUUGUCGAUUUUAACCCCUCGGAAUCCACAGUCACGUGCAGCUGUAAGAAGUUCGAGUCCUUCGGUAUUCUAUGCAUGCACGCAUUGAAGGUGCUUAACAAUAAUAACAUUCUAUACCUGCCUCCUCGCUACAUAUUAAAGAGGUGGACAAAGUACGCCAAGGAGGGGAUAGCAUAUCCCGAACAUCACUCCGCAAUCAAUUCAAAUGCCCAAGAAUCUCUUCUUUUAAGAUAUCGGCGCGUUUGCCAUAAAGCGGUUAACGUCGCCGUCAAAAGCGCGCUUUCCAAAGAUGCCCUAGUUUUCCUCGAACACGGGCUCGACAGAUUUUUCGAGGAGAUGGAGAGUUUGUUGCAUAAUAUUCCAUUUAAACAGGCGGAUGAUGCGAAUGUUUUGGAUAACAUGGGGCAGAAUUCGUUAGGGACGAGCAACAUUUGUUUCGAAGGGUUCGAGUUUUCUGCGAGAUGAGUUGGACCUGUAACAUGCAUCAGAAAUAUACAAAUGUCACAUGAUUUCUUCAAAUAACGCGAGUUAUGUACUGUUUGUAGAGUAUCAAGAUUUUUUGCUCUUUAGACACCUAAAAAUCUUUCUAGGGUUGUCAGCAGAUUGUAUUGUAAAUAAGAAAGUGUAUAAAGAGUCUUUCUGCAAAACAUUCAAAGGUCCAUUUCUUGGUGUCUUUUAUACAUGAACUGCAGUUAUGGAAACAUCUAUUCAUUCAUUAACUCUUGUGAGUUUCCUUUUUGUCUUAA